AUGGCCAAGCCGCUGACGAACUGCGCGGCGCCGCAUGAGAAGGAUGGGUCGAAGGAUGUGGGCGAUGCCGAAUGGAGGCGGGUUCUCACCUCACAGGAGUACUGCAUUCUGCGCGAGAAGGGGACUGACCCGGUGGGUGGAAAGUACGACGACGUCUUCGAGGAGGGCGUGUACGUGUGCGCCGGGUGCAAGACGCCGCUUUACCUGUCCUCCAUGAAAUUCGCCUGUGGCUGUGGCUGGCCCGGGUUUUACGACUGCAUCCCCAAGCGGGUACGCGAGCAGCCGGACAGGGACGGCCACCGUGUGGAGAUAGUCUGCAACGCGUGCAACGGCCACCUCGGUCAUGUCUUCCGUAAUGAGGGUUUCCGCAAUCCGCCGCCGAAUGAGCGGCACUGCGUGAACAACACCUCCAUCGUACUGCAGCCCACAAAGCCCGCGUGA